CACAUUUUUUCUACCUUGACUUGAUUAAGUUUAAUGUUUAGAAUCUUAGCGUCGUUUUGAAAACUGGCAGGCGUAUUUAUAUUUUUUACAAAAUAGCCCUACCGACGAUUCGACUCCCUCCGCCGCCGGCGACUCUCGUACGGCUCGGACUCCUUCAACCGUAUUGGGAACAAAGUAGAAAUGAUGAGGCUGCAAACUUAUGCUGGAGUCAGCUUAUUGGCAACAUUGGCUAUUAUAUAUCAUGCCUUUAACAGUAGAUGCCAGUUUUAUCCUGCAAUGGUUUACUUGUCAACUUCAAAGAUCAGCUUGGUCCUCCUCUUGAACAUGGGCCUGGUUUUUAUGUGUAUCUUGUGGCAAUUUACCAAAAAAGUAUUUCUUGGCUCACUGCGGGAAGCAGAAGUUGAGAGGCUAAAUGAGCAGUCAUGGCGGGAAGUUAUGGAAAUACUGUUUGCAAUCACUAUUUUUAGACAAGAUUUCUCAGUUUCGUUUCUUGCCAUGGUUACUGCUUUACUUUUGAUAAAGGCAUUGCAUUGGUUGGCCCAAAAGAGGGUUGAAUACAUUGAAACAACACCAUCAGUCCCUAAGCUUUCUCACUUCCGCAUUGUUUCAUUCAUGGGAUUCCUUCUCCUCAUUGACAGUAUAUUUCUGUAUAAUUCAGUCAAAUAUUUGGUGGAAACCAGACAGGCAUCAGUUUCCUUGUUUUUCUCCUUUGAAUACAUGAUAUUGGCGACGACAACUGUUGCAACAUUUGUGAAGUAUACAUUCUACGUCAUUGACAUGCUUAUGGAGGGGCAGUGGGAAAAGAAGGCUGUCUACACCUUUUACUUGGAGCUGGUCCGGGACUUACUUCACUUGACUAUGUAUAUGUGCUUCUUCCUGGUUAUUUUUGUGAAUUAUGGUGUGCCUCUUCACUUAAUUCGGGAGCUGUAUGAGACAUUCCGUAACUUCAAAAUCCGUGUGGCUGAUUACAUACGGUACCGCAAGAUAACUUCAAAUAUGAAUGAUCGUUUCCCAGAUGCAACAGCCGAGGAGCUCAUUUCGAGCGAUGUUACCUGCAUUAUAUGUCGUGAAGAGAUGACUACAGCUAAGAAACUUAUCUGUGGGCAUCUUUUCCAUGUACACUGCCUUAGAUCUUGGUUGGAAAGACAGAACACGUGCCCAACAUGUAGAGCACUUGUUGUACCAGCUGAAAAUGGAACAUCAACUUCUGGAUCAACAGCUAAUAGUCAACAGCAAGGUCCUAGCACUUCCGGGACAUCGUCUCAAGGGUCUGUUAGUGGAGGUGUGGCAAAUGGUAAUGUCAGUCAUCAUCAGGCAAGACUUCAAGCUGCUGCUUCCGCUGCCUCUAUAUAUGAGAAAUCUUUCGUUUAUCCAUCUCCUAACACUUUUAUGCGGUCACCUGGAUUUGCUACACUUCCUCAGUCACUUCAACAUUCUGGAAACACAGUAAUGGCAGAUCUCGGCAGUGGAGUUUCAAACAUGACCUUUUUACAAGAACCUCAAGGUACUUUUGUCCCUUCCCAGUUUCCGGAUGAAGAUGGUCAACUUGGGGUGGGAAGUGCAUCUGUCUCUCAGCAUGAUUUACAAAUAAAACUAAUUGAGCUACAGAUUGAGUUUCUACAGCGCCAGCUCAAGCUUCUGCAGUCAAGCAAUGAGAAAAAACUAGAUCCUGGAACAUUUGAUAUCAAGGGAAAGGCAGUAUUGUCAUCUUCAUCUUCAUCCACUGUGAGCUCUAAUGUGAGUAGCCAUCCAGCAACCACAGACUAAUCUUCCAGUCAGAACUACAGCCUAAAUCAAGGUUUGUCAACACUUUUCGUUGUCUUGUAUUCAUAUUGGAAACACUUUAAACACUAUACCCAUAUCCAAGAACCCGGCGUAAUUUGUGUGCUUGUUGUUGUUCUAGACACCAUCACUAUGCAAACUUCACGCCCUUCGGUAUACACUAAGAAUUAGUCCACUCUUGUUUUCUGUCUAGUGUAGAAUUUUACCAUGCUAGGGUGAUUUUACUGCCCUCUGUAUUUGAACAUUUUGACUUCCUGAAAUCGACGGCCCUCUCCCAUAAAAUGUAUGAUUUAUUCAGAA